AUGUCGUCGGCUUCAAUAGUCAUCGGCGCCGACCGCGCAUUCACGUUCGACCAUGUGUUUGCACCGGAGGUCACGCAGGAGCAGGUCUACGAGGACGCAGUUCUACCGCUCGUACGCCAGUUUCUCAAAGGAUACAACGCCACCACAGGGAGCGGAAAGACGUUCAGCAUGGGCACGGGUCUCUCGACAUCCUCGGCGAUUUCAGACACCCAGGGCGUGGUGCCCCGUGCCAUCGGCGACAUAUGGACCAGCCUCGAGAAGCGGGCGACUGAGGACAACAAGUUCUCGUACUCGCUCGAGGUCUCAUUCAUGGAGCUGUACAAUGAGGACAUGAUUGAUCUGCUGAACCCGCGCCUAGCAAUCGCCGGCAGCCGCGGGCCCUCGAUUCGCGAAGACAGUCGCGGCAACAUGGUUCUGGUUGGUGUCGAGCGCAAGGCCGCUAGCAGCCAGGAUGAGAUCAUUUCGUUUUUGCACCAGGGCACCCUGUCGCGCACCACUGCCUCGACAGAUAUGAAUCGCACGUCAUCGCGGUCCCACGCAAUUUUCACAGUCAUUCUGCGUCAGCAAGGCAGACGCGACUACAUGACACUGGAUAAUGGCCCGCUGAUGAUCUCAAAGAUGCACUUUGUCGACCUGGCCGGCUCUGAGCGGAUAAAGCGGACUGGCGCAGCUGGCACGCGCGUAAAAGAGGGCAUCUCAAUCAACGCCGGCCUGCUGGCCCUUGGUAAUGUUAUCUCAGCACUGGGCAAUAGCACGCAACAGGGCAAGCGCCAGACGCAUGUGCCGUACCGCGAUAGCAAAUUGACCCGUCUUCUGCAGGACUCGCUGGGUGGAAAUUCACAGACCCUCAUGUUGGCCUGUAUCUCGCCAUCCAACAAGAACCACGCGGAGAGCCUAAACACAAUCCGCUAUGCGAACCGCGCGCGCAAUAUCCGCAACAAGCUCAGCCGAGCUCAGUAUUUUGAAGACAGAGGUAGCGAGGCUGCGUGGUGA